AGGCGCCGGUAGUGCACUGGUUUCGCGCUCCCGUACCAUAUAUACCUGUACAGCAUUUUACACAGUGGGGAAAAUAGGUGUGCCUAGCAGACGCGAAGAAAAAAAAAGUGAAAUCAAAAUCUAUUCGAAUUAAUUAAUACUUUACGAACGUGCCAGCUUUUGUGUUUAGAAUUUCCAGCUUUCCUGCUCUCCGAUCGAAGCGCGUUUUCGCAGAAUAGCGUGUGUCUGUUUAGUGUGCGUGUGCGUGCACGCGCGCGUGUGUGUGUGUGCGGAACAGUGUAGUUCGUUGAUAUUCAUACCUGUGAGUGUGUGUGUGUGAGUGCGAGUUUGUGUUGAUUUGUAUCCCUUUAAGCAAAAGCAAAAAAAAACAAAACAAAAUAAGUACAGCCUGCGAUCGGGAGCAAUCGACGGUUUCAGUAAACAAUAAACAUCACAGCUUAACCACGGAGCAGCGAGGCAUGGCGCUGGAGGAGACCCAAAAUAAUGGGUCCGCCGUGGCGGUGGCCCCAAAGGAAAACGCUCCGCCACCGCUCAAGCAACAGCAACAACAACAACCGCAAGGUCAAGCGCAGAUACAACCGUCGACCUCGAACGAAAAGCUGAACAACAUCGUCACCGGUGGUGGGGCCGGCGGUGGGGCAACGGAAAAGUCACGAUCGAACAAUAAACAGAAUGACACAAACACAGCGUUCCUGCGCGCGGCUCGGGCAGGCGAUCUCUCAAAGCUGAUAGAGUACCUAGAAACGGGUCAGGUGACGGACAUCAACACGUGCAACGCGAACGGCCUCAAUGCGCUGCACCUGGCGGCAAAGGAUGGCCACUACGACAUCGUGAACGAGCUGCUGAAGCGCGGUGCCAACGUCGACAAUGCCACCAAGAAGGGCAACACGGCGCUGCACAUUGCGUCGCUGGCCGGCCAGAAGGAGAUCAUCCAGCUGCUGCUGCAGUACAACGCGUCGGUCAAUGUGCAGUCCCAGAACGGCUUCACGCCCCUCUACAUGGCCGCCCAGGAGAACCACGACGAGUGUGUAAAUUAUCUACUAGCGAAGGGCGCUAAUCCGGCGCUGGCCACGGAGGACGGGUUUACGCCAUUGGCCGUGGCGAUGCAGCAAGGCCACGACAAAGUGGUGGCCGUGCUGCUUGAAAGUGAUACUCGCGGAAAGGUGCGAUUACCGGCGCUGCACAUAGCGGCCAAGAAGGACGACGUGAAGGCGGCAAAGUUGCUGCUAGAGAACGAACACAACCCAGAUGUUUCGUCGAAGAGCGGCUUCACCCCACUCCACAUUGCAGCCCACUAUGGCAACGUUAACGUCGCCCAGCUCCUGAUCGAGAAGGGUGCGGACGUAAACUUUACCGCUAAGCACAACAUCACACCUCUGCAUGUGGCCUGCAAGUGGGGCAAGCUGAACAUGGUGAAGCUGUUGAUUGCGAAUCAUGCACGCAUCGACAGUAUCACCCGGGAUGGGUUGACGCCGCUUCACUGCGCCGCCCGGUCCGGCCACGAUCAGGUGAUCGAGGUGCUGCUAGAGCACGGUGCGGAGAUCAUAUCCAAGACCAAAAACGGACUCGCCCCGUUGCAUAUGGCGGCCCAGGGCGAACACGUUAGUGCGGCGCGCAUCCUGCUGAUGAACAAGUCCCCGGUGGACGAUAUUACGAUCGAUUAUCUGACCGCGCUGCACGUCGCCGCUCACUGUGGGCAUGUGAAGGUGGCGAAGCUGCUGCUGGAUCGCAAUGCCGAUCCGAAUGCGCGCGCUUUGAAUGGAUUCACGCCGCUGCAUAUCGCUUGCAAGAAGAACCGUAUUAAGGUGGUGGAACUGCUGCUCAACCAUGGUGCCACCAUCGGUGCGACGACCGAGAGUGGAUUGACGCCGCUGCAUGUGGCCAGUUUCAUGGGCUGCAUGAACAUCGUUAUUUAUCUGCUGCAGCACGACGCCAGCCCGGACAUUCCGACGGUGCGCGGUGAAACACCGCUCCAUCUGGCGGCGCGGGCAAAGCAGACGGACAUCAUACGCAUCCUGCUGCGCAAUGGGGCCUACGUGAAUGCGCAGGCACGCGAGGACCAGACACCGCUGCAUGUUGCAUCUCGAAUCGGCAACAUGGAGAUUGUGAUGUUAUUGCUGCAGCACGGUGCAAAGAUUGAUGCGGUGACUAAGGAUAACUACACGCCGCUGCAUAUUGCCGCGAAGGAAGGACAGGACGAAGUGGCAGCGCUCUUACUGGACAGUCAGGCCAACGUCGAGGCGGUUACGAAGAAGGGCUUCACGCCGCUGCAUCUCGCUGCAAAGUAUGGCAACCUGAAGUGCGCCGAGUUGCUGCUCGAACGUGGAGCACAGGUGGACGUCCAGGGCAAGAAUGGCGUAACACCGCUGCACGUCGCUAGUCACUAUGACCAUCAGAAGGUGGCACUGCUUCUGCUAGAGAAGGGUGCUUCGCCGUACUCUCCAGCCAAGAACGGCCACACGCCGUUGCACAUCGCCUCGAAGAAGAACCAGCUAAACAUCGCCACCACCCUGCUGGAGUACAAGGCGGAACCGAACGCGGAAAGCAAGACCGGCUUCACGCCACUGCACCUGUCCGCCCAGGAAGGACACGGUGAUAUGGCACGUGUGCUAUUGGAAAACGGUGCCGAUCCGAAUCAUGCGGCCAAGAAUGGCCUCACGCCGUUGCAUCUGUGCGCCCAGGAAGACCACGUGGGCAUCGCGGAGACGCUGCUGGAGCACAAGGCCCGCAUCGAUCCGGUGACGAAGACCGGCUUCACUCCGCUGCACGUGGCCGCCCACUUUGGUCAGUCCGGUAUGGUGAAGUAUCUGAUCGAGAACGAUGCGAACAUCGAGAUGAAGACCAACAUUGGCCAUACGCCGCUGCAUCAGGCCGCCCAGCAGGGCCACACACUGAUCAUCAACAUCCUCCUGAAGAACAAAGCAAACCCGGAGGCCGUAACGAACGGAGGCCAGACGGCACUGUCGAUUGCGGACAAACUCGGCUACAUUACGGUAGUGGAAACUCUAAAGGUGGUCACCGAAACGAGCGUCACUCACACGGUGGACGAAAAGUUCAAGAUUGUCGGCCCGGAAACCAUCCACGAGACGUUCCUAUCGGACUCCGAGGACGAAGGGCCCGAAGGAGGUACGCCCCCUCCACCGUCCACCAUGCAAGCCCUUAUACAAGCGCAGCAAGCGUACGGCGGUAGUGGCGCUAUCAAGUACUAUCAAUCGCAAAUGCGUUACACACGUGAAGACCCGAUCAUGUCCGACCAGCAGCAGUACAACUACAUGACGAGUGACGAGAACAAGCAGUUCGACGAUACGCACCUCACCAACAUGAGCAUCGAUCCGAUGAAGGACGAGAAGUACCUGGAGAAGAUCAUCUCCCGGGCGGAGAACUACACCGUGUCGGCCAUGGACCGCUCCCACACGCCCAACCCGCUCGACAUCACCGUGACGGACAACGUCAACAUCACCCGGAAGCCGAUCCACGUCGGGCUAAGCAGCAACGAUGCACUGUCGUUGACUAUCGAUCGAUUGGCCAACAUGUAUUGUGGUGAUCGGAAAAAGUUUGUUCCGCUGUGUAGGGAAAGAUUUCUGGUAUCGUUCCUGGUCGAUGCACGCGGUGGGGCGAUGCGCGGAUGCCGUCACAGUGGCGUCCGGGUGAUCGUUCCUCCCCGAUCGGCCGCACAACCAACGAGAAUCACGUGUCGGUACGUGAAACCACAGCGUAUCACCAAUGCGCCGCCGUUGAUGGAAGGAGAGGCACUGGUGAGCCGCAUCCUCGAGUUGGCCCCGGUCGGUGCCAAAUUCCUUGGGCCCGUGAUCCUGGAGGUGCCACACUUUGCCUCGCUGCGAGAGAAGGAACGUGAAAUCAUCAUCCUACGCUCGGAUAAUGGCGAGACCUGGCGCGAACAUACGCUCUACGACAGCGAGGAAGCGAUCCACGACGUGCUGAACGAGACGUUCAAGGGUGACGCACUGAACUUCCUCGAGGAUCUGCACACAAACCGUAUCACUCGCAUCCUGACGAACGACUUUCCGCACUACUUCGCGAUCGUGUCCCGCAUUCGGCAGGAAGUGCACGCUAUCGGGCCGGAAGGUGGUACAGUGUCAGCCACAGCCGUCCCGCAGGUGCAGGCCAUUUUCCCACAGAACGCACUAACCAAGAAGAUCCGUGUGGGAUUGCAGGCGCAACCGAUCGAUAUGAGCACAACGGCGCAUCUGCUUGGCCGCAGUGUGGCCGUUUCGCCCGUAGUAACCGUGGAACCCCGCCGUCGCAAGUUCCACAAGGCGAUCACACUUAGCAUGCCAGCACCGAAGGCGUACAAUUCGGGCAUGAUCAACCAGUAUUCGGGCAACGCGCCCACACUGCGGCUCCUGUGCUCGAUCACCGGAGGCCAGAACAAGGCCGUCUGGGAGGAUGUUACCGGCUCGACGCCGCUCACGUUCGUGAACGAUUGUGUUUCAUUCACCACGACCGUGUCCGCACGCUUCUGGCUGAUGGAUUGCCGAAAUAUCAACGAGGCCACGAAGAUGGCUACCGAGCUGUACUCGCAGAUGGCGCAUGUCCCAUUCAUGGUGAAGUUUGUCGUGUUUGCGAAGCGCGUCGACCAGAGUGAGGCGAAGCUAAGCGUGUUCUGCAUGACGGACGACAAGGAAGACAAGACCCUCGAGCACCAGGAGCAUUUCACCGAGAUCGCUAAAUCGCGCGACAUUGAGGUGUGCGAGGGUCGCACGAUCUAUCUGGAGUUUGCCGGGAACAUGGUGCCGGUGAUGAAGUCGGGUGAACAGCUUGCCUUGCAGUUCAGCGCGUUCAAGGAAAACCGACUGACGUUUACGGUCAAGAUCAAAAACGCACUGGACGACCUGCUCGGACGCAUUUCGUUCAUGAACGAGCCGAAAGUGGCCAAGGGUGAACCGAUUCAGACACCGCUCUGUACACUAAACUUCACGCUUCCCCCGGAGAAGUACGGGCUGGGAGGGGACGAGCUUGAAACAACAUCCGAGUUCGACCAGAGCUCGACGGAGAUACUGAACAGCAGCAGCGAACACCAGGCCGUCGUGAAUGCCGCCAAUCGGGCGAAAACGUUUAACUUUACCUUCCAGAAUGGCGAUGCAGCGAACGAUAUCCACAAGGCGGACAUUAAGAUCACGGACAUUUGUAACCUGCUCGGAUCCGACUGGCCGUUGCUGGCGGACGAGCUCGGUAUCGCACCGACCGACGUGGAGCUGAUCCGGACCGAGUAUCCGGACGAUGAACCGCAGCAGGCGAUCGUGAUGCUACGGCUCUGGUUGCGCCAGGCUGGCCGAGAUGCGACCGGCAAUGUGCUCGAGCAGGCUUUGAUCAAAAUCAACCGACCGGAUAUUGUGAACAAAUCGAUCACUAACCUGGAACCGGUGACGGACGAGUACGAGCGGCAGGUGGCACAGCGACAGAUCGGAUCUAUGAACGGACUGGAUGAGAUCGAUCCAGCCAAAGUGAACGGUGUGGCAUCCGGCAAGCUGUAUGAAUCUGGCCAUGAGGCAACGGAAGAGAAGCAGGAACACGAAGCGGUCGAAAAGCACCAACAGCAGUCGCCCGAACACGCCUCGCCAACCAACUCUUCCCCGGACACGACAGAAGCGUAUCAGCAGAUUCGGCGCGAGAGUGAAAUCCUCGGCAUUGCGGCGGUCAAGAAGGAGGACCUUUCGACGCCCCCACCCAGCCCGGCCGACUUUAGCACGCAAGUGAGCCAGACCAGCCAGUCCGGUUCCGAUGAACGGCAUGACGCCGUCGCGGAGGAUGUGCAAGAAAUCAUCCAGCAGGCCAUCAAAGAUCAUGACACGCACGACGAGGACGAGGAGCAGGAGGAGGAGGAGAAGGAGGAGAAGCAUGUUGGCGUUCCGGCGGUGGUGGUGGUGGCGGCGGCGGCACCGGCAGCGGUCGGAUCCGAUUCGGUGGCAAGCGACGAUGAAGAGGAGGCGCCACGUAGCGGGGACGUCGACUCGGAAGGGUUCGAGCUGGAGCUGGAGACGGAUAAGAGUGGCAAGGUGAAGACGAUCAAGAAGCACUCGAAGGUGAACAUUCUCAUCAACAAAACAGUCGCCCCCCGGCCGACGGUGGGAGACAUUGAGUGGGAGGCACCGGAUCAGCCCCAGAUCGAGAUUUCUUCGGUAAACCUGGAGGACGUGUCGAACGAUCGGCGGUACAGUCUGGAUCACAUUGAUCCGGUAGCCGAGGGUUUGUCGGUAGUCAGCGGAGGGCGUGCGUUCGAGAAGUCCCUCUCUACACCGGGUGCCACGGAACAAAAGUCGGAACAGACCGUCAUCAUCUCGUCAGAUAAUAACAUUUCCGAGGUUCCGGCCGACUAUUCGGGCGACAUCGAUGAGUUCAUAUUUGUCCAGACGUCCCCGGAGAACUACGCCAAGAUGGAACAGGAACGAAAGGCGGCCGGUGGGGGAGGCGGAAUGGGUACGGAUGAGGACGACAAUAGCAACCUGGUGAUCAUAACGGAGGAGCACUACGACUACGAGUUGACCAGUGACGACGAUCGGCGAUCAUCAUCGCUCCUGGACGAUCCUUCACCACCGGAAGAGAAAGAUCUCGAGGGCUACACGGUGGCACCGGAAGGCCGGCCGUCGGGGGCCACGACGGGGGCCCAGAGCAGGUUCAUUGUCGGUGGAAGCAGCAGCUCGGAGAGCGAGGAUGACCCACGGCAAAGGCGCCACCAGUCGCAGUCGGGCGGCUCAACCGUUACCCGACGGACCGUAACAGUGCGAACGAAGCCCGUCCCGAGUGGACUCACCAUUACCGAGGACGAAACGGUCGUGCUGAUGGGCGAGUCUAGUCCCACGAUAGCCGCAGGUCAGCAACCACAACCACCACCACCCGCCCAGCCACCGUCCAGCAGUACGAGCAACAACUUUUCCAUCCGAACCGGUCCGGGAUCGUCGAGCGGGUCGGACGUGGCCCUGCAUGAAACCGCGGGUGAGCUGAGCGAUGACGAUGAAACAGGUAAAGUCAGCAGCGCCCAACCCACGGUGGAAGGUAGUGACGGGGCCGCGGUGGCCGAAGUGACCGCCGAAACGUUCCCCGUGUCCAACGCCACCGCCGGCUCGGGUGUGGCGGUGAUCGUAACCCAAGCUUCCAGCGAACUGGUGGAGGACGAAAUGCUGGAGGAGGAGGAGGAAGUGGAGGGGUUAGAGAAGGACACCGUCACCAACGUUGAUCGUCAUCCGAAUCCGGUUCAAUCCACCGCCGAAACUAACGUUGACGGAGAAGGUGUUGGUGGUGGUGUUGGUGGUUUCGCGCUUGCCCAAACGGAUCCGGUUGCCGGUCUGGCAAUGGAAGGCACCGGGGUUGAAAUUAAAAACUAUCUCGUUCAAAAUAAUGAUGCACCGGUCGGCAUGGAACCGAGUGAGCCACCAAUGGAACCGAAGCUUUUGCUUAACAAUACUGUCGUCGAUCAGUCCGAUGAUGGGAACGUUCGUACCACUAUCAUCACCACAACGACAACGCUAAACACGAGCGAUGAGCUCCCGGAGGACCUGGAAGAGCAGCUACUGAGGCAGCUACGGGACCAGCAGUUGCUUCAGGAGCAGCAGGACCAGCACCGGAACGGCAAUCAGACGGUGAUAAUUACCACUACCACCGCGGAGGAAGAUCCAGACACGGGGUUGGAAACGACAUCCACCACGACGACGCAAACGACAACGACGACCAAAACGAUCACGCUCACCUCGGACGGCGAUUUCCCGGAGGACGAGCUGCUGCAGAAGAUUACAACGACCACAACGCACACGUCGCAGCCGAAUGCGCCCGAGCUGGUGAAGGAAACCACCGUCACCGUCACGGAGAUGGUCGACGGCCGGACGCUCGAUGGUGCCGCGAAAGCGCUCAACAAUAUUGUAGACGACUUUAUGAACCAGGAACGCAAGAACUAAAGCGAAUAGUGAAUGCACGUGCGUGUGAUCGAGCGGGGGAUUAGGUUAAAUUGAGGUCGCUCUACGCCUAGCGUAGCCCAACACGGUUCUGUGCUGCUGCUGGACUUUCCCAUCACCCAUACGUGAAAUAAGGAUGAUUUUUUCAGUAUCCUAUUCCGAAUUCUGCGCCUUCAAUCUGCUGGAAGGAGUUCGUUUUAAUUUAAAACAAUGCUUGCUAUCCUAGCAUCCAGUAAGAUGGUCCGAAUCCGUUCACGUAAACUACGACGGUAUCUUCGUCCACGCCUUAGUCCAAGCUGUCGCUCCUAGUGCCUAACGCAGUGUCAAUGGAGCAGAUUCUACAUUGCCAGCCACAGUCAGUUAGUUCUAACUCGUAUUGCAUUGAACGGCAUCUUUUGGCAACGAACGAUAGCAUAGCUUUUUUUUCUACCACGUGCUCUUCAACUCUUUCUCCAAGAAACAAGAGUUGUAAAAAACGCAAUCAUACACACUGGUCAACCAAUUCGCACCGGUAUCAGUUGAGCUGUGGCCGACGGCCGUUUUCGGAUUAUUUAAAAGAUCACCAGUGCGAGCCAAUGAAGGUAUGUGGGGUAGCGUUAAGGUGGAAAUCAAAACACUAAUUUAUCCCUACAUUCAAAUGUAAACGAGAAAUGUGUCGUGGUUUUUAGACGAUAUUAAUGAGAUCAAAAUCGAAAACAAUGAACAAAAAAUCAAUGGAAUUAAGCUUAUCGUACAAACAUCAUGCAGAAGAGAAAAAAAAUAAAAUUACAAAAAAAAAACAACAAAUGAACGUCACUAUAUAGACUUUAGGGUAACGCAUACAACGUUGACAAACACUGCAUAUAAACUAUGUAACAGAAACAGAAGAAAAAAACGGGAAAACAAACUCUACUUUAGUCGAUCACAAAAAAAGUACACGUACACACGAAAAAAAACGCAAACUUGCGCGGACGGACGGUAUAUUCAUAUACAUAUAUAUAUUUAUCUAACAUUUAAGAUGUGUUCGA